AUGCUCUGGACACUCCCAGCUAUUAUUCUUGCAGGCACUGCCUCGGCGCACACUGCUGCCUUUGUCAAGGGCAUGUACUGCGAGGGUGGCCCUGACCCCAACAACUACAAUCCCAAUUCCAACACGCCCGUCAAUCCUCUAUACCAACUGACCAAAGACGAGUGGUGGAUGCAAAAGACGCUGGGCUGUCUCAACAACCCUCCAAAGAAUGGCGACUCCGUUGCUCUCCCAGCCGGUGGCCAGUUCACCGUAGAGCUUGCACACAACCAGGCUCAGACGAGCCUCUCCUUUAAUGGCCAGCACGCCUCCGAGUGGCCGGAUGGCCAGAACCACCCCGAGGACUGGCGUGGCCCUGGAAACCCUCCCGGCUGCAUUCAAGACGAUGGCGCCAUGCAUGCCCACGACCAGUCUACGACAGCCGGCACGGCCUGGGCCAUCUCCUACGAGUCCGACAUUAGCAAGGUCACCAUGGAGAACCUAGUCGUUUUUUCUGUCCUUGAACACACGCCUUGGAAGCGAAUGGCUACCUACAACGUUCCGAAAGACCUCCCCCCUUGCCCGCCUGGCGGCUGCUACUGCGCCUGGCUCUGGGUUCCUGAUGGCUGCGGCCAGCCCAACAUGUACAUGGCAAACUACAAGUGCCAUGUCACAAACACUUCGUCGAACCGCAAGCUCGCUACGGCCAAGGCCCCAGUCUACUGCAAGGAUAACCAGUCCAAGUGUGUCGGUGGAGCCAAGCAGAUGAUUGCCUGGAACCAAAAGGAAGGAAACAACGUCCAGACCCCUAGUGGUACUUCUCCUGGCUACAACCGUGGCAUGGGCUUCGCCCCUGGUGCUCAAAACGACAUUUUCCAGUGA